AUGGACGGUGGCAGUCUGGCAGAUGGGUUCGGUGUUGGACCCAAGAUGUUUCCUAAUUUGGUGGUCUUGAGGCUAGACCCGCGCACUGCACCCAAGCACCGGCGAUUUGUCAUCACCGACCCGACCGCCAGCGCCCGCCCGCCCGCCCGCCCGCCAACCUCCACCAAACGACACGUAUCUCCAAGUCUGUCAAUCAUAUUUGUUGCCGGAAUUCUUCUUUGUUUGGUCUCAUUAUCCGCUGCUGGGCAUUAUUGGACUUUAAAGCAGCAUCAUCCCUGCUCUGCAGUAACCCAGAUACGGAUACUUCAAGCGCCUUACAAACGACGUGAGGAGAACGAUGUUGCUAUCCUGAUAGAAAUGGAUCCAUGGACUGGUCCAACGACGGUCACUCCGAAAAAGUAUCACCAUUGUGCCUCCUCUGUCGCCGCCUUUGUCUGCGACGAUGGAGGGGGCCAGGAUCUCAUGGCCAGCAGGCAACCAUAUCUCGAUGGAUUUCAUCACUUCAAGCUAGGCCGUUGGUGGGGCAAGCAAGUCUGAGUGGGCGGCCAAAGAAAAGCUGAUAUCUCGAACAAUAAGAAGCAACCGACCGACGUUGUCUUUCAUGGUUCUGUCAAUCUAGAGUUAGUUAUACGCGUAAUUUUACGAAGCAUCAAUGGAAUGGGGAAGGGCGGCCAAAGCACAAGCCAAGGUUAGUUAACUUUAAAGUGCAGAUGGCUUUGAUAUUCCAUCCGUGACUCAUAACUUACGAAUCGAACAGGGCACUUCCCAAUAUAUUAAUGACAAGGAGUUUGCUAUUUUGCGCCCCAUAAUUUAUUCUCUUUGAGGUAGGACGCUGGCGGAGCUCGCUCGAUAUCUGUGGCUGCUCCUCUGCGGCAUCCCUUUUUGGUAUCUGCACGAAAAUUUAGGGCUUGGAUCCUGCCAGACUGGAAAGUUGUCACAAUCGUAUGCGAGAGUCCCAUUGGCGUCUGACUCUGACGGUCCUCCUUUCAAAUUUAAAUCCAUUGAUUCGUUUUCAGAAAUGGAAUAUUCCACCUUGCUCGUAGCAUCGCUUACUUUUUGCUGCCCUUAUGGCAGCAUUAUUGUUGACAUGGGCGGGCAUUUCAGAACGGGCAGUGUCUCUAAAGUUUCGAAAAUCGACUAACUCCGCCUCGAUCCUGGGGAUCUGAGAUUCAUCCUGAAAGCCGUUUGUAGUUUCUGAACAGCCCUGCUGGGCCUGCAAGAAGUUGAUCGUUCCCGUAACACAAUCCUCUCAAUGAUAGAUGGGCAGGACUCACCGUGAUGAGGAUUAGCACCCUUUCCUUGACGUGCUUGCAAAGACCGCUCAUGUUGUCUGAACGAAGCAAGCAUCUUAGCUCAAAAUCCCUUGGUUUUCGUGGGGCAGGUUUACGAUCACGACGCAGCGGUCCCCGCAGGUCGGGCUCCGCGCGCUCCGCACACUCGCUCACCCCGUCGCCGGUGGAACUGGUAGUUAGCGGCCUGGGCAGGCGAUGGAAACCUCCAAGAUUCUUAACCCCAUCAAGGAUCAUACGGUCGCUAACCCGGAACAGCCAGGGGCACUCCCAUCUAGCACUAUGGUGGACCUUGGGCUUGGCCGCCCAAUAAGAAGUUGGAACAACCUUGGAACAGUUGCAUAUUCCGCCCUUUAACUUAUAUAAAUUGCUCGUAGUAUCCUUAGGCAGCAGCGUUCUUCGUUCACAUUUGGAGUUACUGCGUAUUCGAGUCAAGAUCCGAAUCAGGCCAUGGAUGCGAGCGAAGCCUUUGUCACGGACGGACGACACCGCCAGGAUCGCUUGACCAUUUCAAUUGGUCGUCAUUAUUAUUUUCUUUUGUCUUCCUCUUCCUCUUUCCCUUUGCCAAUCGUUAUCAGGCUCGGAAGGUUGAUGCUGGCAAACAAGGAGACAGGAUUGAAGGAACCAAAAAUUUCCGCCCCUCCAAAAGUCGGUCAGACUUAAAAGGCGCUCGGGGCGGAUGUUGAAUAAUAUCCCGUGCUAUCAGCAAUCGCAGAUCCGCAAUAUUGUCUUUGGCGAGGCUCAUCAUCGCUACCAGGGUUCCUGGGGACAUAUUCUUGACAAAUGAUCGACCCGAGGGGGGUUCUGGUCGGCUUGGCCCAAUUCCCCUGAUUAGCGAUGAACGAACCGGUUAUCAAUUUUGCAAUGAAACAGUCAAGGAAGAACAGAUUGCAGGUUCAUCGGCCGGAACUGAACUUGAAAAAGCCGUGUCCGGCUCCCCAUAACACCGCGCUAGAGCCACUUUCUAUCCAACCACAAUUUUGUUCAGGGCAGCUCCGUGACAUUUAUGACGGUAGAGAAUGAGUCAAUUUGGAGGAAAACAAAUAUACCUGCCUGAUGCUUGACGUGGAAUGGUGAGUUCUCGAACGCAUCGUCCAAAGAGGGCAGAGGGAAUUUGGUAGUUCACUACACAGUAUAUCCUGGCAGCCAUAUAAAAUUGUUUACGAUACCAAAAUCACCUGCUGAUGGUAUGGGGAAGCCAAAAGAGGCACCCUCUAGUUCACGGGGAGCUCACGUUCAUAUAUAUACAUACAGCGGAGCAUCCUAACGUUCUACAUCAUCGAAGGUCGUAGUAGGGAGAAGAAGGAUGUGGCCACUACCAGUUCUGACUGCACUUCCUGAUUUAGGUGAAUUCUAUAGACUUAGAAGAUUUCUCGGGAAUUACGCCCCUGGCAGAGAGAAUGCAAUCGUAUCCAGCACAACUUAAUUAUUGUUUGCCGAACGAGAGCUGACCCAUCCUUGUUCUACCUCAAGAUUUUAGAUGAGAAGAUGAGAUGGACAAUGGUGGGCCAGUGAAUUGCAAUAUAUUAGAUACAAAAGAAAGCACAGAAUCCGUACGAGCUACGGUCAAGGCAUACCGUGAUGUUAACUGUCAAGUUAACAAGUCCCAGUUGGUACGAGAAGUUUCAAUUAUGUUACCUAGCACUUGAUGUCCGUAUGUGAAAAUUCUACUUCACGAAAUCAUGGAGAGAACAUGCUUCCUGUCGGGGCAGUUUAAAAUCAGCCUUUCCAUGACUUGUCUUGUCUUUCGUUCUGUCUAUAUACCCGCCCGUCUACCAUUAUUUCCUUCUCCCUUCUAUGAUCAUAUAUUUUCUUCCUGACAGAUUUAUUUGAAACCAUGACCGGCUCUUUUCAUUGCUAAGUAUUGAGUGGAAACUGAACGAAACCGAGAACUGGUAAAUAAGGCAUGGGAAACGAAGCAGGAAAGAAAGAAAAGAAAAAACGAAAUUAGCACCUAGAGAGACCUCUUACUAAAUGAGAUUUAUUUCUGAUUUUGUCUUUUGACACUUCAUUAAGUCUAUCUAAAGUUCGUUCACAAGGCGGCGUUCUUUACGGAGAGCACGUAGCUUGACCCGGGCUUCCUCUAAGGGAACAAGGCUGCCUUUCGCUUGAGAGCUAGGAUCAUCGCGGUUGCGAAUGUUAACAGUGCGUGUUGACUUUUCUUGGGCACCGACAACUAGAUUAUUCGAAAAAAAUUAUUACGAUUAGUAUAACUACGGUGGUUCGGGUCACGAUGGGGAGAGAGGCUAUCGAAGCAUCAUUAAACGGGAGAAGGAAAAGCCAUUGCUUACCGAAGAUGAAGUUAUACUGCGCGAUCUGGCCUGUGCGGAUUUUCUUCUGCAUCGUAUUACCGCUAAUAUCAAUGUCGACGUUUAAUUUGUCUCCCUUGAGAAUCUGCUGCAGCUCCUCGACAUAGUCGUUGAUAGCGGGCAUGACGGGUACGAUCAAGAUUUGGCGCGGGCUCAGCCAGAACGGCCACUUGCCGCCGAAAUGCUCGAUGAUAAUACCAAAGAACCGCUCGAAGCUACCAAUUAUCGCUCUAUGGAUAACAACGGGGCGGGCGCGGCCUGGGCCUGGCUCGUCGCUGUUGGUGGGAGGAGCAUCUGGUUUAGCAGCAUCACCUGCUGGCUUUUCGUCGGGGUUUUCGGCCGGUUUCUCUGUAGGCUUCGCUUUGGCUCCCGUCUCGCCAGUCAUGUACUCCAGUUUAAAGUUCACUGGCAUUUGAUAGUCCAGCUGGAUGGUGGCACACUGGAACUCUCUCUUCAACGCGUCUUGGAUUGUGAUGUCAAUUUUGGGUCCAUAGAAGGCGCCAUCACCCUCUUCAACUUCCCAGUCAUUGCCCUUAAAUUUAGUCAAAGCAGCACGUAAUUGAUCCUCGGCGUAAUUCCAUGUCUCGAUCUUCCCCAUAUACUUCUCCG